AUGGACACUAUCGGUGUAUCGCAAGGCGUCGCGACGGCGACGGCGAGGCUCCUGUUGAUCCUGGUGGUGGCGGCGCAGCUCUCACAGCCGCUGGAACUAGCGUCCUGUGUGUCGCCCUUGGGGAUGGAAUCCGGCAGGAUUAAGGAUACCGCCAUAUCCGCGAGCUCCGCUUACGACUCGGGCAGCGUCGGACCCCACCACGGCAGGUUGCGCAAUGAUAAGAACGGAGGCGCGUGGUGUCCCAGACAGAUGGUGUCCCGAGACGCCAAAGAAUACCUGGAGAUAAACCUAGAGGACCUCUUCGUGAUAACUGGGAGUCGGACGCAAGGCCGCUUUGGGAACGGUUUUGGACAGGAGUAUGCCGAGGAGUAUAUGCUGGAGUACUGGAGGACAGGGUUCAGCAAGUGGGUGCGGUGGAAGAAUAGAUUAGGGAAAGAGCUGUUGCCAGGUAACACCAACACCUUCACCAUAGUGGACCAGAAGCUAGAUCCUCCAGUCAUUGCCUCAAAAAUACGUUUUCUUCCAUACAGUGACCAUGUGAGGACGGUGUGUAUGAGAGUGGAGCUAAUUGGAUGUAGAUGGACAGUUGGACUUCUAAGUUACGGUAUGCCCCAAGGACUUAGUCGAGGGCCAGAUCUCGACUUCACUGACCGAACCUACGACGGGCUAGAGGAAAACGGCCAAUUAUCACGUGGUCUAGGACAGCUGGUAGAUGGACAAAAGGGCAGAGAUAACUUUAGACUAGAUCUUGCAGGACACGGCAAAGGUUACGAGUGGGUGGGUUGGAGGAACGACACCCCUGGAUGGGCGGGUCAUCCUCUGGAAAUGCUCUUCGAGUUCGAUAAGGUUCGCAAUUUCUCGGCGGCCCAUUUGCAUACCAAUAACCUCUUCACCAAAGAUGUCCAGGUUUUCUCGCACGCCAGAGCCUUCUUCAGCUUGAACGGUAACAUCUUCAGUCCCGAGCCGGUCCAUUUCUCGUACAUGCCCGACUUGGUGUUAGAACACUCCAGGAACGUCACCAUAAAGCUGCACCACAGGAUCGGGAAGUUCUUGAAGCUCCAGCUUUAUUUUGCCUCCAGGUGGAUCCUGCUAAGCGAGGUUUCCUUCGAUUCAGUAACUGUCUCUGGUAACUUCACUGAUUCAGAGGAAGAUGUUCCUGUUCCGGAAUCCGGUCGGGAGUACCCCCUGCAGCGGGACGAGGUUAAAAGCACUUCCAAGGCGACAGACAGCGUAGUGGGACCUUCUACCAAGGCUGGGACGCAAGAGGAACCCAAGCACUACAUCGGCUUCGUUAUAGGCAUCCUCACGGUUGUGAUACUCGUUCUAGUGGCGGCUAUCGUCUUCAUAGUGUUCAGGAAUCAACGACUCAAGGCGGCGGCCGGUCUGUCUGUGAUUCCGGUGAUCAGGAACGACUUGAAGAGGUUCGAAAGUGAGAAGAUGACAAUGGAUGAUGUGGGGGAUAAAGCCACCCUAUACGUGGAAUCCUGCAGGCCGAGCCUCUACUCUCGGGCUCCGGCGAUCCACCCUACAAGUCCGGAUUACUCCGAAGUGCCCGACCUCGUCUGCCAAGAGUACUCUGUGGCCGCACACCAGCUAAACAUCGCGACGGCCGACCAAGGAUUCUCGCAGUCGACGCGAGCGCCGCCACCGAUAGUCAACUUCCUGCCCAAGCCGCCGCCGGUACCUCCGCCCCCGGAAGGUUACUACAUGCAGCGGGACAUGUGCGACCCUCUGCCGUUACCUCCCUCACCUCCACUGUCACCUCCGUCAGCUGUGCUGAGCAGGUCCAAGUUCAGUAAUCACUUCAUGCUUCCACUGAGCCCAGAACCAGACGCCGAUGAAGACGCCUUCGAAGACGAGUGUCCCAUUAAGGAGUUCCCUAGGGACAAGCUCAGGAUCAUCGAGAAAGUGGGCGAGGGCCAUUUCGGCGACGUACACCUCUGCGAGGUGAUGACUACUCCUGGAAACGCCUUCUCCGAUUCCAAAUUUGUGGUGGUGCAUACCCUGAGGACGGAGUCCUUCAGGGAAGAAUUCGGAAGGGAGGUGAAAGCGUUGGGCAGGCUGAAGGACGGGAAUAUCUCGCGAUUGCUGGGAGCCUGCCUGGAUUCUGAGCCUAUCUGCGCUGUGAGGGAGUACGGGCCUCUGGGAGACUUGUGUCAGUUCCUGCAGGACCACGUCGCUGAGAGUGCCACUCCUUUGGCGCCGAACGCUAGCACCUUAAGCUACGGAUGCCUUAUUUAUAUGGCUACCCAAAUAGCUUCGGGGAUGAAGUACUUGGAGUCGCUCAGAUACGUGCACAAGGACCUGGCGGCUAGGAAUUGCCUGGUGGGCCGCAGGUACGAAAUCAAGGUCUCCGAUCUGGGUUCGUAUCGGCAGAUGUACAGUUCAGAUUACUGUCGAAUAGCGGGGUCGCGACCUUUGCCCCUCAGGUGGAUGGCGUGGGAGACAGUCCUCUUGGGCAAGUAUUCAAGUAAGAGCGACGUGUGGUCGUUCGCCGUUCUGCUGUGGGAGAUCCUGACUUUCGCCAGGGAACAGCCUUUCGAGGAGCUGAACGACGACGGAGUCGUAGAGAACGUCACUCAUUUCUACCAGAACGACGGGAAGCACAUGCUGCUCAGCGCUCCAAUCAACUGCCCCAAAGAAAUCUUCGAUCUCAUGUGUGAAUGCUGGCAGAGAAACGAAUCCGACAGGCCGAACUUCCGUGAGAUACACUUGUUCCUCCAGAGGAAGAACCUGGGGUACAACCCCGACCUCCACUGACAUCUACUGAUGAUGUCCUUUAUCGACAAUAAAAUGAAUGAAUUGCGUGAUAUUUUCCACCUCUACACAGUGAAAAAGUGACAACGGCUGCAGAUAAUUUUAUAAUUGCCAUAUGUAAUCUGACGAUGGUUACACGAAUACCGAAAGUGGAAUGUCGUUCGAAUGUUUUUUACUGUGUGGAGGUUAGGUCAGUUAUAAUUCUAAAUGUGUAAAUUAUAGUGAUACUAUUAUAUGGAUUGUUCUGAAAUAUAAAUAUAUAAAUUAACACCUGUUAUCUGCUACGUACCAGUAUGGAACCUGUUUUUAAACGAAUUGUAGAUGGUAGAUGAAUAAGUAGGUCUUCUUAUUAAUUAAGGCUGAAUCACGCUGAUGCUUUUCCCUUCGUCUCUUUUUUAUAAGUGGAGGUCUACAUUUCUAGUAGGCCUUGAGAGAUCCACCAGUGUGAUUCAACCUUUAGAGAUCCCUUUUUGUACUGAAAUGUAACUGUAAGUUGUUUGCUCAACUGGAUAAUCUGUAAUUGUCAAGGGCUCUUUGGAACUGUAUCGGUAUUUGUAGAUUUUAAAAUGCUUACAAGCCUGCUUGGUGCCUUUUUACCCAUGUAUCUUUGCUAUUAACUGAAACCCAAAUUAUGAGUAUGUUAUUAUGGAUUUCUAUAAAUUUAAUCUUAAGAGCAAACUAGGUGUUAGAACGUUCUCUUAUAGAAAACUUUAAGGAUUGUUUAGGAGAUGUACUUGUUGAAUAGCAACAAUUUGCAGCCCUAUUCUUAAGGAAAAUAUGGUCAAAAUGUAGAAUAAAAUUCUAGAAUUUAAUCAAAGUAAGAAAACCCGGUUUAAAGCAAAAUAAUGACAAUAAAUCAAUGUAAAAACUACGUAUCAAACUCAAAACAACUUGAGAAAGGGAUACGAAGUAAUCUAAUUAGUAUGAGAAGUUUCUUUUUCAUUUUUUCUUUGAAAUUGAACAUGGUAAGACAAAACAAUGGCUCUAAUUGAUAAAUCAUGGUCCCUUGGACCCAUUCAAAUGCAAAUACCUGGUAUCUGCCUUUGAUUCUUUCCUUCAUUUUAUACGUACAUAUUUCAUUAUUUUUUUUUAUUUGAGUCCUGCCCCCACUCCAUUAAAACCUAAAUUCAAUGCAGUGUUGGUUUUAUUAUCGAUAAACACCAAUCAAACGUAAUUUUGCGCGUUUAACUCGAUUGCCGAAUGCACAAAUCAGUCAUUUGUUUUGAUUAAAUGUGCAUCAUUCCGUGUGUUUAGGUAAUUUUUGAUCGUAUUAUUGAAACUGAAUAGUUGGCCAUGACUGCGCUUUAGAAUACGACGAAUUUUUGUUUAUUGAUAAUUGGCAACGCUUGUAAUUGGAAAGUUAAUUCGAAAACAAGCAUGUUAUCCUUAAAGAAUUACAUAUACACGAAUGAAACGUUAAAUUAGAGAUCAUUCAUGAAUAACCAAAUUUUAUAAAUAAUUUAGCAAAUUUAACAUUUAUAAAGGAGGCAAUUGCGCCCUGUUACAUUUAUUAGUAUAAUACCAAAACGCUGUCCCAACGUACUACAGGUAUACGAUGAAUUACAGUUAAUUUACCAAUUACUACCAGAAUUUAUUAAAAUGUUAUGAAAUUCAGGCCUGGUGUAUCGGGAAAAUGUGUAAUUAUACCUAUAUCCAAUGAAUUCUACCAAUAAUUCAUUUUAUUAAAUAUUACUGGCUCCAUUAAAUCCUAAUUUGUUUACAUAGGGCUGCACAUUGCGAUGGAAUAUAUUUAUAGUUUUUUUUUUUGUAAAAAAAUAAUUAUACUGUUUGUAUUCUACGACAGACGGACAUAAUUAUACAAGGGUGACAAAGUAUGAAUUAAUAAAAUCUAGAAAUUACUAAAAGUGUGCUGCUUCCUUGUUCUAUAUUUUAUCAGGACACAUUUCAUUAUUUUUCUUCAAUUCCAGAAAAAAACUCGGGGUUUCUUCAACGCCAUAAUCGUUUUUAAUUCCUAUUUAUUCAUACUAUUGUCUUACCCACUCCAACUGACGUUCAGCUUCGCUUAUUAUUGUAAAUAGAUUUUUGGUGUUUCCUUAUAGGCCUAAGAACGCUUUAAGUGAUAGCAGAUACCUUGUAAAGGGGACUGUCAGAAGUACUCGUUUUCAUCGUAAAGUGGACAAAGCUUUUAAAAAUACCUAAGCAUUAUUAAUUACAGUUUAUGUGAAUAAACUCGUUAUUGCUUUAAUUUAUCAACUCUAAAUGCUUUGUACAUAAUAAAGUAAUUGAUAUAUUCGUCAAGCAUGUACAUACAGUCGCUCAUUGUAGAAUUAUAGUCCACUUUACUUAAUUAAAUACAAUUUCCAUUCAUCCUUAUCAUUUCAUUUCAAGCUGUUGCUACUCUAGAGUAAAUAGUCGUUUAUACAUUAUUUGCUCUACCAUUAUGUAUACUGCCUGUGUAACGACUGAAAAAAGAAGUUAUAGCGCAAAUGACUAUGGAUAUAUGUUGUGUUCAUAUCACUCCUUACGUAGAUUUAAGAUGUAAAUAUGUACUAAAAUUUAAACUCUUGCUUUUCUGUUUUUGUACAUUGGAUACGACUCUAACAUAGCUAUUAUUUGUUACAAACUGGUGAUUUGGACCAAAUGAAAAUAAAUG